CUGCUGGCAUUUUACCUGUAACUGGCUCAUGAUGCUAAGGUUCUUUGUUUUUGCUGCUCUGAUCCUAUGUGGGCAGAGUUUUGAAGCUCUUAGUUUCCUUGAAAACAAUGGCCGUGUGGUAGGCGGAACAGACUCAGCCAAGAAUGCCUGGCCAUGGCAGGUGUCUCUCCAGUAUCUCUCUGGAGGCAACUGGUACCACACUUGUGGGGGUUCCCUGAUCCGCUCAAACUGGGUGCUGACAGCUGCCCACUGUGUAGACUGGGUAGCUUCCUUCCGUGUGGUAUUGGGAGAGCACAACCUCAGCUUGAAUGACGGUACCGAGCAAGUCAUCCCAGUACAGCAAAUCAUUAUAAACAACAGAUGGAACACCAACAAUGUUGCCGGAGGUUUUGAUAUCGCAGUUCUGCGUCUAGAAUCCGAUGCUGUCCUGAACGGAAAUGUGCAGCUGGCUACACUGCCCAAUGAUGGAGAUAUCCUCCCAAACAAUAACCCUUGCACUGUUUCUGGAUGGGGCAGGACUUACACUGGUGGACCUCUUCCCUCUACCCUUCAGCAAGCACCUCUGCCUGUGGUUGACCAUGAAACCUGCUCUAGCAGCUCCUAUUGGGGCAGAACAGUAAAGACCACCAUGGUUUGUGCUGGUGGUGAUGGAAUCCAUGCUGGAUGCAAUGGCGAUUCUGGCGGCCCCCUAAACUGUGAGGUUAAUGGGGCAUUCCAAGUACACGGUGUGACCAGUUUUGUAUCUGGCUAUGGCUGCAACACUUACCUCAAACCAACAGUAUUCACUAGGGUUUCGGCCUACAUCUCCUGGAUUAAUGACAAUAUCUACUAAACAACAUCCCAGAUUUUGAAUUUUCCACAUGCACACUUAAGAUCUUUACAACACUGAAUAUGAUGCCUGUAAAACCUGAAUUCUCUUUCUUUGAGGCAAAUAUAAAUGAAUAAAGAGAUUAUGCUUACUAAAUAU